UGACAGUGAACGCAUGGAGAUAUGGACGGCUUCACGGAACGGCAAUGUCGACGCCGUGAAAGACCUGCUGGACGAAAGCAAUGCAAAUGUGCACAAAGUGCGAUGGUCGGGAGUCACGGCACUACAUCGAGCCUGUGAAGGUGGGCACGUCGCCACCAUUGAAGUCUUGCUCGAUCGAGGAGCAAACAUCAAUGCUAGGAGCACAUGGGGUUGGUAUUCGCCAUUGCACGUGGCCUGUCGCUAUGGCCAAGAAGCCACCGUCAAGUACUUGCUAGUACGCGGCGCUGACUGGUCCAUAAAAGACAAGGUAUGGUCGAGAGAACAAUCUCCCCGCACUAUUUAUUAUGUAAACACUUACUUUAGCGCAAGUUGACGCCAUUCAAAUAUGCUGUGCGGGCGGGGCAUGCUUCCAUGGCCCAUCGCAUCGAUGAGGUUGAUAUCGACAUGACGUGGCACGUUAUACACCCAACACGGCGAUUCGUAGUGGAAUGCAGCGCGGUUAAAAGGUCCAAAUUAACCGUCCAGGUCCAGGGCAUACUCGGACAUGACUUCCGUGUGUGACGCUUCGACGCUGGGUUGGGAGGAUGAAGAGGGCGUCUUGCGCAGUUUCUGAAGGAGCAGCACCAGACAGACAACGAUCACACACAGGACUAAGCACGCUGCCAUCAUGGCCACGGCACGGCUAGAUAGCGAAGCUCGGAUCUCUAGUUGUCGAAUGAGCAUAACGUCGUUAUAGAGUCAUACGCUCAUGCGAUCUGUAUGUACCUCCCAAAUCAACCCUUCGUACUUCGGGCAAGUGGUCAACGGAUGGGCCGAUGGCUGCAUAGACGACGUCGGGUAGUAGCCAUGCCAAACCAGCUAGAAAUAGCGGAAAUGUGGUGGCGAAGGCAUGUGUCAUCGAAUAUAUACACCGCUCAAGAAUGACGCAACGCUCGGGUUUAGAAGAAAUGACCUAGUCGAAUCUCGAAC